GUGAGGGGGUUUGCUUCAGACAAGCACCCUGCCUUUGUCGGAGGCUGGGGGACUUGGAGUGCUGGCGCUCGCUCCUCCACCAUGGACAACAAUGGCUCAUGCUGUCUCAUUGAGGGGGACCCCAUCUCCAAGGUGAUGCCCCCCCUGCUCAUCCUCGCCUUUGUGCUGGGCGCCGUGGGGAAUGGCGUCGCUCUCUGCGGCUUCUGCUUCCACAUGAAGACCUGGAAGCCCAGCACCAUCUACCUGUUCAACCUGGCGGUGGCCGACUUCCUGCUCAUGGUCUGCCUGCCCUUCCGCACGGACUAUUACCGCAGGCACCGGCGCUGGGCCUUCGAGGACAUCCCCUGCCGGCUGGUGCUGUUCAUGCUGGCCAUGAACCGGGCUGGGAGCAUCGUCUUCCUCACCGUGGUGGCCGUGGACAGGUACUUCAAAGUGGUCCACCCCCACCACGCUGUGAACGCCAUCUCCAACCGGACGGCCGCCGGCGUGGCCUGCACGCUUUGGGCCGUGGUCAUAGUGGGCACGGUGUACCUGCUGACGGAGAGCCACCUGUGCGUGCGGGGGAAGGCCAUCUCCUGCGAGAGCUUCAUCAUGGAGUCGGCCAACGGCUGGCACGAUGUCAUGUUCCAGCUGGAGUUCUUUCUGCCCCUGGGCAUCAUCCUCUUCUGCUCCGGCAGGGUGGUGUGGAGCCUGCAGCGGAGGCGGCAGCUGGCCAGGCAGAAGCGGAUGAGGAAGGCCAUGCGGUUCAUCGUGGUAGUGGCCGUGGUCUUCACCAUCUGCUACCUGCCCAGUGUGUCGGCCAGGCUCUACUUCCUGUGGACCGUGUCCUCCAGCGCCUGCGACCCGUCUGUCCACGUGGUCCUCCACGUCACCCUCAGCUUCACCUACAUGAACAGCAUGCUGGACCCCGUGGUAUAUUACUUCUCCAGCCCCACCUUCCCCAAGUUCUACACCAAGUUCAAAAGCCACAGGUUGAGACCCAGGCGUCCAGGCCCCUCCAGGACCCCCCGGGGGCCCGAAGAGAUACCCAUCUCGAACCUCUGCCCUAAGAGUUGCCCAAAGAGCCCCCAAAGGCAGCCCGAGGCCCAGUGGGCUGUCCACGUGUGCUGAGUGGCACGAAAGCAAAGAAGCCGGCAAGUCGGAGAGACGGAUGGGCAGGCAGAUGGUCCCCAGGCUCCAUCUGUCCUCUCACUCUGGUGGUGAGGAAAACAUCCCCGACUGCCCUGUCUUGGUGGGAUGGAGAGAGUGGAUCACACCUAUGUGGUCUGAUUACUGGGACGGGUGGGGAAGUAUGUCUGUGCCACCCGGUUUGUGUGUGGUUUGUGUGUGUCAGGGCAGGGCUCUGGGAUGGCCUGACUCCCAUGCAAUUUAAACAGCUGUGUCCAGGGGGAUGCGUGUUGAAGCAGAUCAUGCUCUCUCUCCCGGGGGCACCCAUGGGCUGGAUGACCUAUCAGUAUUUCCUUUAGAUGUUAACAUGUCUUAGAAAAUCCAAACCAGACCCAGUCAA